CAUUCACAAUUGUGACACAUUGCAGAAGUACACAUUUCAGCACGGCAUACAGAAAAACGUGUAGAUAUUUGUUUGUAGAGCAUAACGAUUUUGGCGACUUUAAAUCAGAAGAGGAGAAUUGACAGCCAUAUUUUCUAAAUCAAAGCUCAUAGCCCUCGAGAUAUGAUGUCUAAAGUCAAGCCAGAGAAAACAGACUCUGCUGCUUCUUCUAAAACGCCAGAAUCCAGUCAGGACCAAAAGAAAAAGAAACCUGUAAAGAAAAAGUUUUUUGAACACGCCAAGAAACAACCAGUGGCAAAAGAUCAAGGUAAAACGAAGGCCUUGCUUCCGCCGAAAGAUGCCCAACAGUUUUCAGCCAACUGGAAAACUUUACUAGAGGUGUUCAAAUCCAACCCCCUGCCAGUAAAAAAUAAACCAGUUCAGCAGAACUCAAAGAAGGAAGUCCCUAAGAAAGCCACUAAAGACAUUUCAAAAAAGGACAAGACUCAUAAGAAACCUGCUAAAGACAUUUCAAAGAAGGAAGAGGUGGUGGUGGAUAAGAAGCCUGCUAAAGACUUUUCAAAGACAGCGAGUGAUGCCAAGGCAGCCAAGCCCAUGCAGGUGAACAGUGGGAAAGCAGGGAAGGGCAGUGCCAUUCCCAAUAAAUCCCAGGUGAAUGGAAAAGGUCCAGGACCAUCGGGGAGUGAACAGCCCAAAGCCAAGAAGAGGAAACAGAACAGUGCCCAGGUGGAGGGUAACGCACAGAUGAACAAGAAGAAGAAAAUAGAGGAAGUGGAGGAAAAGAAACCCACUGAAUCGGACAUGUGGUUUGAUGAUGUGGACCCUGAUGACAUUGAGGCCACAGUGGGAACAGAGGCAGCAGAUAUCAUGAGGAAGAUACAAGGCACUCGGAAGACAGAUGCCCAGACCACAGAGAAGGCGUUGGUCAAGGACAGGGGGUUUGAAGGCCUAACCAAGGCGGUAGCUAUGGACUGUGAAAUGGUGGGUGUGGGGCCAGACGGAGAGGACAGCAUCGUAGCCCGGGUCUCCCUUGUCAACCAGUUUGGGAAGUGCAUCUACGACAAACACGUCAAGCCCACAGAGAAGGUGACGGACUACAGGACAGCUGUCAGCGGCAUCCGGCCGGACAACAUCAAAAACGGUGAGAAUGUGAAGACUGUACAGAAAGAGGUGGCUGAGAUCCUCCAGGGGAGAACGCUAGUGGGACACGCCAUUCACAAUGACCUUAAGAUUUUGCUCUUGGAUCACCCCAAAAAGAGAAUCAGAGACACCCAGAAGUAUAAACCUUUCAAGAAAAUUGUGAAGAGUGGUCGGCCCUCUCUGAAACUCCUGUGUAGAGAAAUACUUAACGUCAAAGUACAGCAGGGAGAACAUUCAUCCGUCGAAGACGCCCAGGCGACCAUGAGAUUGUACACAAUGGCGAAGAAACAUUGGGAGGCAGAGAUCAAGGCUAGUCAUAACAACCCAGACUUAACCAAGAAGACCAAAGAACCAAGGAAGCCCAAAUCACCAAAACGCAAAUGAACCUGACUGACUGGUUCCGAAGUCUUAACUGCAUCAGUCUGUAAUGGGACUGUGGACUAACUAUUGACUAGGUGGCACAGAACAGGAGGAUUGACUGAAUUAACAAGUGUGUCUUUGGGAAGUGGAGUGGACUCGCACAUAUAGAGGUCUUAGUGAAGAGUCAUUUUAGGAAUCUCUUUCGGUGACCCACAAAGAAGUUUGUUCAAAUGAAUAUUGACUUUAUUCAAAUCCCACUCAACCUAAAUCAUUCAGAAAGUUUGUCCUAGUGCUCCUUCAACUAUGCAUCAGUCUCAUUCAUUGUCUGGUACAUGAUCUUCAGUGUUCUUUUUGUUCAGAAUGUGUUUAAAAUGUAAUCUCUUUAUCUUCUAACAUCCACAAGUUAGGUUUAGAGAAGAUGUUGCAUUUGAGAGCUUUAACAUGAAUUAAACGUUUCUCGUUAAUCACA